AUGGCCACCGGACCGCCGCCGCCGCCGACGGCCGACCUCUUCCACACACGCUUCGAGAUCGAGUGCGAGUUCGUGUCCUGUCUGGCGAACCCCUACUACCUGCAGUACCUGGCGGCGGAAAAGUACUUUGACGACCCACGCUUCGUGCGCUACCUGCGCUACCUGCUGUACUGGCGCGAGCCGCCGUACCUGCAGUACCUCAGCUGGCCAGGGCCGACGCUUCGCCACCUCGAGCUGCUGCAGACGGCCGCCUUCCGACAGGCCAUCAUCAGUCCCGAGGUCGUGGCCCGGAUGGAGCGCGAGGAUAUCCAGGCAGCCUUCCGAUGGCAGCAGCAGCCAUAA